AUGUCUGCUCCUUUGCAGUGCCUCGAUAGAGAGCAAGGCAUUCAGUGGAUUAAAGAGAAAAGAUUUCCCUUUUUCCUUCGGAGUGAUUUCUACCAUGAAUACAGACUUUCUAAGCUCUUGUUACAGUGGAAUCAAAACUUCUGCAGUAACUGGUUCAAUAGAAAUGUUCUUGAGGGUCUUAGAUGCCCAUAUUAUCUGGAGGACAAAUCAGCUAAACCAGGUCCAUUAGAAAAGCACAGAGCAGAUGAGAAACUGCUGAAGAACCAGGCUGACAGUCAAACGUCAAACGUCUUCAGGAGAGAUGAAGAAGAAAACCAACAAACAGCAAAUAUAGAUGGAGCAGGAGUUGACAGGGGGAGGAGAGACACGACCCAAACAGGUGCUCGGGUUUGGUGCUGUAACUGUGGAAAUAGAGCAGGCUUAGAUGACUUCAAGGUGUUUCUGCAAGGAAGACCAGCAGAGAAGCUCCUAAAUUUGUGGAUGGAUGUAGAGAGACUGAGAGCGAUUCAGCAGACAGAGCGAAAAGACAGGUAUUUGGCUGUAAUGAGGAGUUGGUAUCUGCACAGCAGCAGACGCCUGAAUGUGGUGCAGCUCUCCACAUUGGGACUGACUACCUCCCCCUGCUGGACAGAGGAGAAGCUGCGCUCAGUUCAGCCCCUUCUUAUGGAGCCCCUCCUCAACUACUGGCUUCCUCUGUUCUGGACAUCAAUGUCUGUUCAUGGGGGACGUGGGACAGAGACAUGUUGCUUCCCUCUCUCGGGCAUGAAGCCCUGCUGGGGCUCUACAGCUGCAGACAGUCUCAACCCUGAUCUGUGUUUGUCUGCUUUCUCUCCUUCUGUUUUUACUCAGAUGUCGACCACACGUCGUUCGUCAUUCGGUGGAGAAAUUAAACGGAUGCUGCUGUGUCUCCUUGUUGAGUCGCUGUCAGGCCUUUAUUUCACACUCUUCUGUGAACAAGCUGGAAACCAGCUCUGGCUAAAUGCAGUUUACUUCUGCAUAGACCUACAGCAGUACCAUGAACUCUUCCACCAGGAUGAACGGGACCCCUACAGAGAGCAGAGAGAGGCACAGCUCCUUUACUCCACGUACAUUAUUAGCUAUGCCAGGAGGAGCAUUAAUGUUCCCCCAGAAAUCGGGAGGGCGGUGUACAACAGACUGCAGCCUGCUUUUGAGGAGCUGUUUGAUGAGGUGGAGGAACACGCACUGGACAUCCUUCUGGAGCCGUGGACGCUGCUGAUGGAGGGGGACAAAAAGACGCUCCAGCAGGUGUGUGUGCAGGAAGAGGUGCGCUGCGUCGACAGCCCCGCUUACAGAGAACUCCAGAAGCUUUACGAGGCGUCGGUGCAGCAGCUCAAACAGUCUCUUCCUCAUGUGCAGCAGUGGGAGUCCAUGUUUGCUCCUCCAUCUGUUCCUCCUUCCGCUCCCCGCCGUUAUCGUUUAACCUCUGUACUCGGCCUGCGUGAUGAGGUCGGACACUUCAUGGCUUUCUUACAGAAACAUGAUGCAAGCAUCCAUUUGAUGUGUUGGUUGGACCUGGAACGCUUCAGGAAGACUUCCAAAAAGGACAAGGCCUUCAGAAAGGAGAGGUUAUCUCAGAUUGCCUUCAAGUACCUCAACAAAAACUACUUCUUUGGCCCAGAUAGCCCUGCUACAGCAGAGCAACAGGAAUAUAUACUGCACUGGGUGGGUGGACUGGAGCGCAUGAAGGAAGGACGCUUCUCUGACCCAGUGGUGGUGGGGAUCCAGGAAAUAAUCAGGAAUUACAUGGAGGAGCGAUGGAUGCCUCUGUUCUUGUCUACUGAAGAGUUCAGAGAGCGCCAGAAACAGAAGGAAAAGCUGCAAACGGCCGAAAGGUUUUCAGUCCACCGAAGGAAAGCAAGUAAAGCAGUUUUGAAGCAGAAAACAUCUUCAUGGUCUCUACCUGCUGCCUGUCUGCAGCCUGGGCUCUGGUGGACCUCCACCAUAAAGAUCAUGCUGUUUCGGAGAGCUCUUCUGCAACCAUCCACCUGCAGCCAGUUCCAGCACUUUGUCUCCCUGAAAGGAAACUUCCUGGAAAAUGAUGUACGUUUCUGGGUGGAGGCACAGAGAUACAAGGACCUCUAUCAUUCGCACAGCGAUCUGGGCAUCAUCCAGCAGAAGAUUUCCACAAUAAUCAGCUGCUUCAUCAACUCCUCCGUGCCCCCCAGUCUCCAGAUAGACAUCCUUCCUGAUCAGGCACAGCGCAUCCUGGAGCAGCGGCAGCAGCCCGGCCCUUACAUCUUCAGAGAGGCACAGAUUUCAGUUUUUAGGGGACUGCUGAAGUUUUGGGAUAAAUUUCAACAGCUGAGGCGACAGGAACUGGAGAGACAUGAGGAGGUUAAGAUGGACGAUGAUGAGCUGGAGGACAUGGAUGGAAAGAGUUUGCUGAGGCAACAAAGCCAGAACCUGAUGACGCGCUCACAGCCGCCGCUGUGGUGCAUGGCAGGUCUGAGCAGGAAGGAGGCGCUACUGAAGAAACCAAUUCAGAGUGAGAGUUCCUCCCCCAGAAACUCUGACUCCUUUGCUGACUGCAGCAUCAAGUCGGCGAGCAAAAAGCAAAACGAUCGACUGCCAUCAAAAAUGUCCUCUAAGCAGUCCGGCAGAGAAAAGCAUCAGAUUUAGGUGAGACGAACGUUGGCAUUAGGAUGGAGGAAGAGCCUCACCGCCAUCUGAGCUGGAGUGUAAACUGAGAGCAAAGCUGCAGCUGACGGCGUGAUAAACAGUUUCCAGUCUGUAACCUCU